AUGUCGAGUGAUAAACCUGAACAAGAAGUCCUAGAACAACCAAAAGAUUCAAGAAACGCUACUUUGAAUCUGACUACGAAAAAGUCUCAGGAUAGCAAAUUUACGUUACCACCUUUAGGUGUCAAGUCUGAGCCACAGCAACAACAACAGCAGCAGCAGCAACAACAACAGCAAACUCCGCUUUAUGCUCAACAGGGGUCUCCACAAGUUCAAACUCAGCCGCAGUUUCAAACAGACUAUUCGUAUGCCAAUUACCAACCUCAAGCUCAAUUGUACGAUCCAUAUCAAAGACAGGUUAUCAUGCAACAAGCCAAUUAUGCUUCACCGUCGCAAUAUCCAAUCCAACAGCAGUAUUCAUUUGCCAAUGGAAUGGCCCAAUUCCACCCACAAGCGUUAACUUCCCAUACUGACUUUGACCAACAGCAAUCACAGCAAGUACAAAUGCAACAACCAUCACAGCAAUCACAGCAAGUACAAGUGCAGGUGCAGAUACAACCACAAUCGAAUCUGAACCCGUUUCCUGCUGAGCAGAAACGUGGAAGAAGGUUUAGAAGACGAUUCAAUCAGAUUGAGAGAAAAUAUCCUUGUUCGUUUCCUGGCUGUCAAAAGAGUUAUGGUUCUUUGAACCAUUUGAAUACUCAUAUUGUUACGAAAAAGCACGGCCAUAGAAAAUCAAAAGCUGAUUUUCAACAUUCGCUCCAAUCAAAAGAAGAAAACAAACCAACAGAAGUCUCCCAAUACGUGCAACCUAGUAAUGAUUAUACUGCUGGUAAUUAUUGGUAUGGAUAUGCUCCUCAUUUGCGAUCAACCACUUCGACAACAUCUUCGCAAGGCGAUUCGUUCAAUUCACAGCAAAUACCGCAGCAACAACAACAACAGCAACAACAGCAACAACAAAACAACAAUAGCAACAACUAUUUGUACUAUCAAGGUUACCAACAACCCAUUACAGGAAACACUUCUACAACGGCUAGUGGUACACUAGGAGUAGCGCCAAACGCGUCUUCACUCACACCUGCUGGCACUGGUGCUGCAUCGCUUCUGCAUCAACUUCAACAACAACCGCAAAUUCAGAAUCCUGUAUCGGCUUCUACAACGCCUCAACAAAGAAUGGUGAUGGGCAAUAUGGGCUAUUAUCAACAACAGGCGGUUCCUCAAUAUUUUCCUGCACCUCAACAGUCACUUUUAGGAAUCAAUGAAGUUGAUUCAAGAAACCAAAUUGACGAUAACAAAUCAAACCAACAAGGCAUCUAA